AUGCAAUCUAAGAUCAACAAAUUCUUCAAAUCUCCGUCCGAUCCCCCUCCUCCGGCCGACGGCGGCGACAAUGAUUUAUCCAACUGGAACUGGGAGAACACUCAACAACACCCUAUCAUCAACACUUACACCCGAACUCGUCGAAACCCUAAUCCUAAUCCAAAUCCAACUCCUUCACCUCCAACCGUAAUCCCAAAACCAAUACCAGUCAAGAACAAGAAAAGAAGCUACGCUCAGUUCCAUUUGGAAUUAGGUCAAUCCGAUUUCCUACUCCGCGCUUGUUCCACUUGUCGUAUCGAGUUCACUCCCGGUGACGUCCAAGACGAGAAAUUACACCACCAAUUUCAUAAACGUUAUACACAAGGACUCCAAUUUAGAGCUUGGAAUAAUGAAAGGGUUAUUUCUUCUCAUAAAACUGGUAGAGUUAUUCUCGUGUUGGAGAAUGAUCCAGUUUCUCAUAGAAACAAGGUUCAAGAAGUUGUGAAGAUGAUGGAAAUAGAGAUGGGGAGUGGAUGGAUAGUUCGUCAACACUGUAAGGUUUAUUUGUUCAUUUCUCUCCAGAGGAUUGUUGGGUGCGUGAUUGUAGAACCAAUCAAAGAAGCUUUUAGAGUUGCUUCUGGCUCAGAUGACGGGCAUUCAGCUAGCGCGAGGAAAAGGGAGAAGAAGCUGCGUUCAACCACUCUCCAGUUUGGGAAUAUUGUUUUUCAAAGGGAAGUUGGAAAAAGAGUGGUGAAUCUGAGUGAUUCUGAGGUGAUGGAUGGUGGGGCGAUCUCUUGUGAAAACAAACCAGUUGCUGCUGUUUGUGGCAUUAGAGCCAUUUGGGUCACUCCCUCCAACAGGAGAAAACGCAUCGCUAGUCAAUUGCUGGAUUCUGUGAGGAAAAGUUUCUGCACAGAAGAGCUUGAACGUGCUCAGCUAGCAUUUUCUCUACCAACCUCGGUUGGUAAGGCAUUAGCAUGUAGCUACUCUGGCACUGGAUCAUUCUUGGUGUAUAAAGCAGUUUAA